CAAGGUUAUAAAAGAAUUUGCCCAGGUUUUAUUCUAGCACUUUUAUUAUUUAUAUUUAAAUAUUUGAUCCAGAUUUAUUCUAGUGUAUGGUGUGUGGUAUGAAUCCAAUUUUAUUUUUUUUUCCAGAUGGGUAUCUUAAUUGCUCAUAUAUCAUUCAUUGUAUAAUCUUUUUCCCUCCCAUGAUUUUAAAUACUUACUUCAUCAUUUCCCAUUUCCCAUAUGUAAUCAGGUCUGUUUCUGGACUUUCUAACUUGUCCCAUUGAUCUGUUUAUGUGCGAGCACCAUAUUGUUUGAGGCUCUGUAAUCAUCGGGUAGUGCUAGUUCCCUUCUAAUACUCUUAUCUUUUGAAAUUUUCCUGACUUGUCUUACUUUUUUUUAUUUUUCUACAUGAACUUUAGAAUCAGGUUAUCUAUUUCCAAAAACUAAUCCUGUAGGUAUGCGGGAGGUGGGGAUUACUUUAAAUUUACAGAUGAAUCUUUUUAUGAUAGUGAAUCUAGGUUACAUUUUUAAUUUAUUAAUCUUUUUUUUCUUACAGAUGAUAUUAACUGUGUUCUUGAGCAACAAUGAGCAGAUUUUAACAGAAGUUCCUAUAACACCAGAAACUACAUGUCGAGAUGUUGUGGAGUUUUGCAAGGAACCAGGAGAAGGUGGUUGCCAUUUAGCUGAAGUGUGGAGGGGCAGUGAACGUCCCAUACCCUUUGAUCACAUGAUGUAUGAACAUCUUCAGAAGUGGGGACCACGAAGGGAAGAGGUGAAGUUUUUCCUCCGACAUGAGGACUCCCCAGCAGAGAACAAUGAACAAGGUGGCCGUCAGACCCAAGAGCAGAGGACUCAGAGAAAUGCAGUAAGUGUACCUGGAGAGAAACGCACUGAAAAUGGGGCUGGGAACCCACAUGUUGAACUUACCCUGUCCGAACUCCAAGGCAUGGCAGCUAGGCAACAGCAGCAAAUUGAAAAUCAGCAGCAAAUGCUGGUUGCCAAGGAGCAGCGUUUACAUUUUCUAAAGCAACAGGAGCGCCGCCAGCAGCAGUCUGCUUCUGAAAAUGAAAAGCUUCAGAAAUUGAAAGAACGCGUUGAAGCCCAGGAGAAUAAGCUGAAGAAAAUCCGUGCCAUGAGAGGACAGGUGGACUACAGUAAAAUCAUGAACGGCAACCUGUCUGCUGAAAUAGAGAGGUUUAGUGCCAUGUUCCAGGAAAAGAAGCAGGAAGUACAAACUGCAAUCCUGAGAGUCGACCAGCUUAGCCAGCAGUUGGAAGAUCUAAAGAAAGGAAAACUGAACGGCUUCCAGCCUUACAACGGCAAGUUGACGGGGCCGGCAGCGGUGGAGUUAAAGAGACUGUACCAGGAGCUGCAGAUUCGUAACCAACUUAACCAGGAACAGAAUUCAAAGCUCCAGCAGCAGAAGGAACUUCUGAACAAGCGCAAUGUGGAGGUGGCCCUGAUGGACAAGCGCAUCAGUGAGCUGCGUGAGCGUCUCUACGGGAAGAAAAUCCAGCUGAGCCGUGUGAACGGCACGUCAUCACCACAGUCUUCCCUGAGCGCGUCCGGCAGAGUUGCCGCGGUGGGGCCUUACAUCCAGGUGCCCAGCACUGGGAGCUACUCUGUCCCGGGGGACCCUGUCAAGCCCCAGUCUCUGACGAUCACCUCCAGUGCCGCACAUGGACGACCCAAACCCGCUAACGAUGGAAACUGGCCCACACUGAAACACAAUUCUAGCUCCUCAGUGAAGCCGGCCGCCAUGGCCAGUGCGGACUGGAAGGACGCGGGCGUGGAGGGGCCUCUUAAGCAGGCCACCAUCUCAAGCCAGCCUUUGCCCUUAGCACCUUUAGGAGCCACGGAGAAACUGGGCAUUGAGAUUGGUAAAGUGCCACCACCCAUCCCAGGGGCGGGCAAGCAGCUGCCUCCAAGCUACGGGACAUAUCCGAGUCCUACACCUUUGGGCCCAGGGUCGACAAAUUCCCUGGAGCGGAGGAAGGAGGGCAGUCUGCCCAGGCCCAGCACAGGCCUGCCAAGUCGGCAGAUGCCCGCCCCACUGCCGCCGGCCAGCAGUGCCCACCAGCCGGGGACCUCGCAGCAGAUUCAGCAGAGAAUCUCUGUGCCCCCAAGCCCCACGUACCUGCCAUCGGGGCCGCCUGCGUUUCCAGCUGGAGACGGCAAGCCUGAGCUCCCCCUGACCGUGGCCAUCAGGCCCUUCCUGGCUGACAAAGGGUCGAGGCCGCAGUCUCCCCGAAAAGGCCCCCAGACGGUGAACUCCAGCUCCAUCUACUCCAUGUACCUGCAGCAGGCCACUCCCCCGAAGAGCUACCAGCAGGCCAUGCACAGCACCGUGAACAAGUCGGUUAGAGCAGUGUACGGCAAACCCGUCCUACCCUCGGGCUCCACCUCCCCAUCCCCGCUGCCGUUCCUCCAUGGGUCGCUGUCCACCAGCGCACCGCCGCCCUCAGAGUGUGCUGAGAAGGAGCCUGAGCAGGACAGCCCCGCGCCGCCUGGAGACAGCAGCAGCGUGGAGAACCUCCCUCGGCCGCUCAGCCCCACCAAGCUCACACCCAUCGUGCACUCACCGCUGCGCUACCAGAGUGACGCCGACCUGGAGGCCCUGCGCAGGAAGCUGGCCAAUGCGCCGCGGCCCCUGAAGAAGCGCAGCUCUAUCACAGAGCCCGAGGGCCCUGGUGGGCCCAACAUCCAGAAGUUGCUGUACCAGCGCUUCAACACCCUGGCUGGCGGCAUGGAGGGGGCCCCUUUCUACCAGCCGAGUGCCCCGCAGGACUUCAUGGGCACCUUGGCAGAUGUGGACAAUGGGAAUGCCAACACCAACGGGAACCUGGAAGAGCCCGCCCCGCCCACGGCGCCACUGCCUGCCGAGCCGGCCCUGUCGUCAGACGCCAAUGACAAUGAGCUGCCCUCCCCUGAGCCAGAGCAGCUCAUCUGUCCCCAGACCACCCCCCACCCCUCGGAGCCUGCGGAGGAUGACAACAACAAUGUGGCCACUGUCCUGCCCACAGAGCAGCUCCCGAGCCCUGUGGCCGAGGACCCCUCUCCUGGGGAUGAGCCCCUUCCCCCAGUGCCCCUGCCCUUCACUGCCCCCUGGCCUGCAGCCUCCACGGGCAAACGGACCAAUCUGAAGAAGCCCAACUCCGAGCGGACUGGGCACGGCCUGAGGGUCAGGUUCAACCCGCUGGCGCUGCUCUUGGACGCGUCUCUGGAAGGAGAGUUUGAUCUGGUGCAGAGGAUCAUCUACGAGGUGGAAGACCCCAGCAAGCCCAACGACGAAGGGAUCACCCCCCUGCACAACGCAGUCUGUGCCGGCCACCACCACAUCGUGAAGUUCCUGCUGGACUUUGGGGUCAACGUGAACGCCGCCGACAGUGACGGAUGGACUCCGCUGCACUGUGCCGCGUCCUGCAACAGCGUUCACCUCUGCAAACAGCUGGUGGAGAGCGGCGCCGCCAUUUUUGCCUCGACCAUCAGCGACAUGGAGACUGCUGCGGACAAGUGUGAAGAGAUGGAGGAGGGCUACAUUCAGUGCUCCCAGUUCCUCUACGGGGUACAGGAGAAGCUGGGGGUAAUGAACAAAGGUGUGGUAUAUGCGCUGUGGGACUACGAGGCCCAGAACAGCGACGAGCUGUCCUUCCGUGAAGGGGACGCCAUCACCGUGCUGAGGCGCAAGGAUGAGAGCGAGACCGAGUGGUGGUGGGCCCGCCUGGGGGACCGGGAGGGCUACGUGCCCAAGAACCUGCUGGGGCUAUAUCCACGGAUCAAACCUCGGCAGCGGACCCUCGCCUGAACGGCCCUCGGGAGUGCUGUGCGGCCUGGCAGCUCCGAGCCGCCGAGACCUGUACUGCUGCCUCACCAGGACGGCGGACACCAGCGUCCUCAUGGUGCUCACCCAGCAAACGGCACCCACAAUGUGAACCCCGCGGUUGUGAGGGAGGGCCCUUCCCCAGUUCGUGGGUAACAGGAAAAGGUCCUCAUGCCUCCAAAGAGUCGCAUUUUGCCAAUUACUGUAAAUUCAAAUAAAACCCCACUUUCGGAACCCCCGCCCUGCUGCCAGCCCUGUAAUUA